AUGACCAAGUAUAAUGUCUUUGUGUUUUUAUUUUUUGCAUCAAUAAUUUCUUUUGUGUGUGAUGCCAUUGAAAGUGAUGAUGAAAGCAGUAAACUUCACAUUGUAUACAUGGGCUCUCUUCCUAAAGAACCAUCAUAUUCGCCAACUUCUCACCAUAUUAGCUUGUUGCAACAAGUUAUCGAUGAUAGUGACAUACAAAAUUGCUUAGUUCGAAGUUACAAGAGGAGUUUCAAUGGUUUUGCCGCUAUGCUCAACGAUCAACAAAGGAUAAAACUUUCCGGCAUGAGAGGUGUGAUCUCAGUUUUUCCAAGCCAAGAGUACCACCUUAAAACCACAAGGUCGUGGGACUUUCUUGGUUUACCUCAAUCAAUCAAACGAACCAAAACUAUUGAAAGUGAUUUGGUGAUCGGAGUCAUAGAUGGUGGAAUUUGGCCAGAAUCUGAAAGUUUCAACGAUAUAGGUCUUGGUGCUAUUCCAAAAAAGUGGAAAGGAGAUUGUGCAGGCGGACGUAACUUCAGUUGCAACAAGAAGAUCAUUGGAGCACGAUUUUACGGUUUUAAUGAUGAUAGUGCAAGAGACUCAGAUUUUCAUGGAACUCACACAUCUUCAACAGCAGGUGGAAGGGAGGUGAAUGGUGUGAGCUUUAAUGGUCUUGCAAAUGGAACUGCAAGAGGUGGAGUCCCAAAUUCAAGGAUUGCUGCAUACAAAGUAUGCAACAAUCAAGGUAUGUGCACCGGUCAAGCUAUUUUAUCUGCAUUUGAUGAUGCCAUUGCAGAUGGAGUUGAUGUCAUUACCAUAUCUAUGGGUAGACCAGGAAUCAUUAAUUUUUUCGAUGACCCUAUUUCCAUCGGUUCUUUUCAUGCCAUGGAGAAGGGAAUACUCACAGUGCAAGCUGCAGGAAACGAUGGUCCUAGCCCUAGUACUGUUUCCAGUUUUGCACCUUGGUUAUUCACUGUUGCCGCAACUACCAUAGAUCGUCAAUUCAUUGAUAAGCUCAUUCUUGGAAAUGGAAAGACGUUUAUUGGUAUGUCAAUUAAUAUUUUCCCUUCAAAUGGAACCAAAUUUCCAAUUGCCGUGCGUAAUGCCCAAGCUUGCUCUGCUGGAGGAAAUGUAACCCCUGAAAAGUGUGAUUGUAUAGACAAAAAUAUGGUUAACGGUAAGCUUGUUUUAUGCGGAGCAAGCGGAGGUGAAGGAACAGCUUAUGCCAAUGGUGCAAUUGGUUCGAUCAUUAAUAGUACAGACUUUAGUUUUGAUAAAGCUUCUGUCACUGAUAAGCCUUCACUUAACUUGGAAACAAAGGACUUUGUUCAUGUUCAAUCUUAUACAAAUUCCACUAAAUACCCUGUAGCUGAAAUUUUAAAGAGUGAGAUCUUCCAUGACAACAAUGCUCCUAGAAUCGCCUCAUUCUCUUCUCGGGGCCCAAAUAAUUUAGUUCUAGAAAUUAUGAAACCAGAUGUAAGUGCCCCAGGAGUGAAUAUUUUGGCUGCAGUUCCACCUCAAAAAUUAUACUCAGAUGUUAUGGUGAAAUACUACCUAUUAUCUGGAACCUCUAUGGCAUGUCCUCAUGUUGCUGGAGUUGUUGCAUAUGUGAGAUCAUUUCAUCCAGAUUGGUCACCUGCAGCUAUCAAAUCUGCCAUCAUGACCACCACAAAACCAGUGAAGAAGAGUGAUGAUGAUUGGGCAGGUGAGUUUGCUUAUGGUUCUGGGAAUAUCAAUCCACAACAGGCCAUUCACCCAGGACUUGUUUAUGACAUCUCUAAGGAAGAUUAUGUCCAAAUGCUAUGUAAUUAUGGGUAUGAUGCUAACAAAAUUAAACAGAUUAGUGGAGAUAACUCAAGUUGUGAUGGAGCUUCCAAAAGAGCCAUGGUUAAAAAUAUAAACUAUCCAGCAAUGGUGAUUCCUGUUAGGCCUUAUAACAAGAAUUUCCGUGUCAAAAUUCAUAGAACAGUCACAAAUGUUGGCUUUCCAAACACAACCUACAAGGCUACUCUCAUCAAUCAUAAUCCAAAAAUCAAGAUUAUGGUGAAACCAAAACAACUUUCAUUUAGAUCAUUAAAUGAAAAACAAUCAUUUGUUGUCACUGUUGUUGGGGGAGCAAAAUUAAAUCAAACUGUGUUUUCCUCAUCACUUGUAUGGUCUGAUGGUACCCACAAUGUCAAGAGUCCCAUCAUUGUACAAAUACUUCCUUCAAUAUAA